AUGCAGCCACCGAGCGCAGCGGAGGUGUUGCACUGCGCGCAGCCCGCGCUGAUCCUUGCUGCUACACUCUUUACCACGGAGAGCGAUGUGCUGAAGCGCGCAUUUCGCCGCCUGCGGGGCGGGCGUAUCCACCUCGACGAUCUCCCGGCGGAAAUCCUGCCGCAGCCGGUCGUCGUCGCGCAGCGCGAGCGCCACACCAAGACGCUCGUCGGGCUCGCGCUCGGCAUCGCGGCGACAUAUGCGGCGGCGGGUGCACUGAUUGCCGCCGCGGCCGCGAUCCCGCCGCAUGUAUGGGUGCCGAACCUGUCGGGCUGGGGCCUCGUCGACGUGCAGGCGGUCGGCGGCUUGCUGGCCUGGUCGCUGGUCGCCAUUGCCUACCUUGUCGAGGCGCGCCGCGCGAAUGCGAAUGACGAGGGCUGUGUGCGUGCGACGAGCACGGCGGCGCUUGGUGUGAUCACCGACAUCGCGCUCGUCGCCGUCUAUGCCCAGCACCCUCUGGGCCCCUGGACGCUGGGCCUGGCCGGCAUGCUCGUGGUGCGUGUGGUUCUGUACAUUGCCUUUGUGUGCGUCUCGCGCAGCGACCGCGUGCAGUAUGUGCAGGAGCCUGUGCACGACGCGGCGGCGAUGCCCGGCCCGUCGAUCGAGGCGGCGGCGCGCGAGGCGAACGAAAGCAUGGGCCACCAGCCCCGUGCGACGCCGCCUGCGCCGUCGUUCUUUGCGCUGCUGCGCCGCAUCAAGGUGCUUACGCCGUACCUGUGGCCGCACAAGUCGGUGCGCCUCCAGCUGCUGGCGGUGCUGUGCCUGAUGCUCCUGGUGCUUGCGCGUGUCGUCAAUCUCUUGGCGCCCAUCGCCCUGGGCCGCGUCGUCGAGUCGCUGAGCAGCGACGCGGCGCCGUGGGGCCCGAUCGUGUUCUACGCCGCGCUCAAGCUCUUCCAAGGCUCGGGCGGUCUGCUGACCGUGGCGCAAAAUCUGCUGUGGUACCCCCUGGCGUGGUACUCGGAUGUGAACAUGAGCAUGCUCAUGUUUGACCGUGUGCUGAACCUGUCCAUGUCCUUCCACACCAAGCGGCGCACGGGUGAGCUGAUCCGCACGCUCGACCGUGGCUCGUCGAUCAACAAGUUCUUUGAGUACUUCCUCUUUUCGCUGACGCCCGUCUUUGUGGAUAUCUUUGUCGCGGUCUUUUACCUGUCGCUGAUGUUUGGGCCGAUGGUCGGUGGACUGCUGCUCGGCGUGAUGGUGCUGUACACCUACUGCAGCAUCCAGAUCACGACGUGGCGCACGCAGCUGCGCCGCGAGAUGAACAACAAAGACUCGAUCUGCCGCGCGAUCACCACCGACACGUUGCUCAACUACGAGACGGUCAAGUGCUACGGCAACGAGGCGUACGAGUCGGGGCGCUACCGCGUGGCGCUCGAGGCGUACCGCGAGGCAGAGUACCGCCUGAUCCUCUCGCUCAACAUGCUCAACCUGAUCCAAAACAUGAUCCUCGCGUUCGGCACGCUCACCUCGGUGCUUGCGGUUGCGUACACGGUGGUGCAAGGCAAGACGUCGCCGUCGCAGUUUGUCGUGUUUGUCUCGUACCUGCAGCAGGUCUACCAGCCGCUGAGCAUGCUGGGGACCAUGUACCGCGUCGUGAACCAGAACCUGGUCGACACGGACAAGCUCAUGGAGCUCCUGGACGAAGAAGUGGACAUUAAGGACGAUCCGAACGCAAGCGAGAUGCGUGUCUCGCAAGGCGCGAUCGAGUUUGACAAUGUGCGCUUCUCGUACGACAAUGGCAAAUUCACCUCGAUCAAGGGCAUGUCGUUCAAGAUCGAGGGGCACCAGCGUGUCGCGCUGGUCGGCGAGAGCGGCGCAGGGAAGUCGACGGUGCUCAAGCUCCUCUACCGCUUCUACGACGUGAACGAGGGGCGGAUCUUGAUCGACGGCCAGGAUAUCCGCAGCGUCACACAGGAAAGCCUGCGCAAGGCCAUUGGCAUUGUGCCGCAGGAGCCGACCUUGUUCAACACCGACAUUCGGCACAAUAUCCUCUAUGGCGACGUGCAGGCGUCCGAGGAGGCGAUCGAGGCGGCGGCGCACGCCGCACAGAUCCACGACCGUAUUCAAGAGUUUCCGGAGGGGUACGGCACGAUUGUCGGCGAGCGCGGCGUGCGCCUGAGCGGCGGCGAAAAGCAGCGCGUGGCGAUCGCGCGUACCAUCCUCAAGAACCCACCGAUCUUGCUGUUGGACGAGGCGACGUCGGCUCUCGAUAGCCACACGGAGCGCCAGCUCCAGGCGGCGUUUAAUACGCUGAUGCAGGGCCGUUCCUCGCUGACGAUCGCGCACCGCCUGUCGACCAUCAUCAACUGCGACAAGAUUCUCGUCGCCGACGACGGCCGGAUUAUCGAGCAAGGCACGCAUGAGGAGCUCAUUGCGCUGGGCGGCAAGUACAGCCAGCUCUGGGCGCAGCAGAGCCGUACGCUCGCCGAGCAGGAAGCCGAGGCGGCGGCGCGCGAGGCUGCGUUUGAGGAGGCAGAAAGGAGCGGAAAAGGCAAGGCAAAGGAGGGCGACGGCAAGGCGGACGCACCUGUGGCCAAGGCGCCUGCGGAUGCCGCGGCCCCUGCGCCUGCGGCCGCACCUCCCAGUGCACCCAACGGAUCGGCGCUGCGCGCCCCGCUCCAGGACACCACCCCCUCUGACACCACUCCUUCCGAUGCGGCACCUUCCGACACGCCUUCGGACGCUGCCACGAAAAAGAAAAACAAUCGCAGGAAGAAAAAGAACCGCCAUUAG